ACUCAAGCAAUCCUGCUGCCUCAGCCUUCUAAGUAGCUGAGACUACAGGAGCAAACCACUGUGCCUGGCAGGAAUUACUCUUUAAAAAGAGUUUAUGUUGCUUGUAUUCAUUUGAGAAAAAACAAGUUGAAGAAAUGGUAAUUGUUGGUCAAAGAAGCCAAAAGAUUUAAAUAAGGUCUUGUGUGUGGGUAUGUGUAUGUGCAUGUAUUUAUUGAAGAAAAUAUGUUUCAAUUUGAGAAUUAGAAAAUUGGGUAUUUUAUUUUAAUUAUUUAUUUAAAAAGUAGAAUGUUCUUCCAUUAUUGAAUCUUCUUUUAUCCCACCAAAUGGCUUAACCUAAUUUGCCAUGCCUAUUUUGGUUAAGAAACAGGGAAACACCCUAAAAUCUGUGAUAAUUUUCAAAAUAUAAUUUUAAGAAACUUUGUGCUUACAUAAAUCACAAGAAGAAAUACAGCUGGAAAUCAUUUCACUUUUCUUGCUGUAAAUUUUUUUAGUGGGUUUGUGACAGUAUAAAUUUUCUUGCUAGAUGCUAAUGAUACAUUGUAUUAUCUGUAUUAGGAAUUAAAUAUUUAAUAGGAAAAGUGAAUAAAUUGAUCUGCUCUCAUGCUGUUAUCUAAGAUCUUAUGCUACCAUUACAUUCCUUUCUGUAGUCAUAUCUCAUAUUUGAAAGGUUUCAUGUUGUAAAUAUUUGACUUGCUGUAAAAUUAUACAAGAUAAAAAAUGUAGAGUUUUAUUUUUCUUCAUCUAGAAUGCACAGAAUAACUGCGUAAGGAAUGGGUGCAUAGGGCUUCUUUUCCUUUUAAAUUUGUACUGCUAAAUACACCAAGGAAAUUGACAUCAAAACCAAAUUCAAGGACUUCCACAGACAUUUCAGGUCAAUUUUAGUUCCAAACCGAAGAAAUCUUUUAAAAGUUCUUAUAUAGCCCAGUUUUCUUUCUUGAUGAAAUGUUAACUAGACACCUCAUUAGUCAGCUUUUAUUUUGACCCCACAGUUUUUUUUUUUGAGACGGAUUCUCUGUUGCCCAGGCUGGAGUGCAAUGGUGUGAUCUUGGCUUACUGCAACCUACACCUCCUGGGUUCAAGCGAUUCUCCUGCCUCAGCUUCCUGAGUAGCUGAGAUUACAGGCAACUGCCACCAUGCCCCGCUAAUUUUUGCAUUUUUAGUAGAGACGGGGUUUCACCAUGCUGGCCAGGCUGGUCUCGAACUCCUGACCUCCAGUGAUCCGCCCGCCUCGGCCUCCCAAAGUGCUGGGAUUACAGGGGUGAGCCACCGUGCCCGGGCCCCACACUGUUUUUAUGUUAGGGCAGUUGGAGGAACUGAACUUUGAUCCUGAUCCUUUAUAUACUCCCAUGGUGAAACUGAGCCCAUUUUACUUAACACGUAAUAUAUCUGUGCAUUAGGAAAACUUGGUAGAGAAGAUUAUAUGCAGAUAUAAAAUAUCUAAACUCAUUUGUUAGGAACCAACGAUAAUGAGGGAAAACUUGGACAUCCACAUACAGAUUUUCUUGAAUUAAAGAAAAAAAACCCAGACACUGACAAAGGAGAGUUGAACUGAGAAACGGUACCCUGAAAACUGCAGAAAUGAGGGAAAGAGGCAGUGGGCCACAAAGAACUUUGUUGGUCCUUUUCAGAGAUCCCCAGAGAAGCCCUGCCCCCUUCCCCCCACCCCCUGACAGAAUGUUGGGUUUCAAAGAAUGAGGAGAUUAACGGAUAUCAAGUUGUGUGGCCUGAGCUGAGGAUAAAGAACAAUUUGCCUGAGUUACAGUACUGGCUAGAUCACUACAGGCCUUCUACUUGGAAUAUCUUCCCAUGAAAGUAAAAGGAAUAUAACUAAGGAAGAUUAAAGUUGUUGCUGUUGGAAGGAAGACAUACUAAAGAAACUGCCGAAGUCCAGGAGAGAAGCAGGAAGAGAAACACAGCUUGAAGUUCUGUUUAAGACUCAGAGUUGGGCAAGAACUGCCAAUAAAGGAGCCAGUGUAGACCUGAGACUAACACCUGAGCCUCCAAGGGUUUCUGUGCGAGGGAGAGCUCUGCUGAUGGACAUAGGCCCAGAAUCAAACUGAUUUAUUUGGGCCAUGUCAGUGGUGGCAUUAUUAAAAGACUUUGCCAACAUCCUGCUUUCUCUAUGGAAAAACCAAGUGGCCUUGGAAGAGGCUAAGAUAAAGUUUCAAACUUGGGCUCCACAGAAGUGGAACUUGAGGCUGGGGCUAGUACCAGGACCUUCAUGUAUCAGGUUAGAGAUUUUGAUGCUUUUGGUGAUUUUUGUGCCAAGCAUGUACUGUCACCUGGGAUCAAUCUAUUACUCUUUCUAUGAAAUAAUUAUUCCAAAGAGGCUGACAGUCCAGGGAGGAGAUGGCCCAGUGGAAGGACUGUCCUACUUGCUAUUUAUGCAAGGCCAGAAGCACCUGGUUCACCUGAAGGUGAAGAGAAACCAUUUUGUGAAUAACUUUCCAGUCUACAGUUACCACAAUGGCAUCCUAGGGCAAGAAUUACCUUUCAUCUCACAUGACUGCCACUAUGAAGGCUACAUAGAAGGAGUGUCAGGUUCUUUUGUUUCUGUCAACACCUGUGCAGGUCUCAGGGGCAUCCUGAUUAAGGAGGAAAAAUCUUACAGCAUUGAGCCCAUGGACUCUUCAAGACGGUUUGAACAUGUGUUAUACACCAUGGCACAUCAAGCGCGAGUCUCCUGUGGUGUCACUUCCAGAGACAGCCAUGUGGUGUCCACUAGCUGGCAACAAGGGAGCAGGAAGCCUCAUGAUCUACAGGCGCUGUCCUACUUGUGGUCACACAAAAAGUACGUGGAGAUGUUUGUCGUGGUCAACAACCAGCGGUUCCAGAUGUGGGACAGUAAUGUCAAUGAGACGGUCCAGAGAGUAGUGGAUGUCAUUGCUCUGGCCAACAGCUUCACUAGGGGAAUAAACACAAGGGUGGUGCUGGCUGGAAUGGAGAUUUGGACCGAGGGGGACCUAAUAGAUGUCGCAGUGGACUUGCAAAUCACACUCAGGAAUUUCAAUCGCUGGAGACAAGAGAUGCUCUUCCAUCGUGCAAAGCACGAUGUUGCCCACAUGAUCAUUGGGCAUCGCCCUGGACAGAAUAUGGGCCAGGCCUUUCUCAGUGGUGCCUGCUCAAGCGGUUUUGCAGCAGCUGUUGAAUCCUUCCAUCAUGAAGAUGUGCUGUUGUUUGCAGCCCUGAUGGUCCAUGAGCUCGGGCACAACCUGGGUAUUCAGCAUGACCACUCGGCCUGCUUUUGUAAAGAUAAGCACUUUUGCCUCAUGCAUGAAAAUAUCACAAAACAAAGUGGCUUCAGCAACUGCAGCUCUGACUACUUCUACCAGUUCCUUCGAGAACACAAAGGGGCCUGCCUAUUUAACAAGCCAUGGCCCAGGGGCCGCAAGCGUAGGGAUUCUGCCUGUGGAAAUGGCGUGGUGGAGGACAUGGAGCAGUGUGACUGUGGUUCUGCCUGUCACCUCGACCCAUGCUGUGAUCCCACAUGUACUCUGAAGGAGAAUGCUGAGUGCAGCCAUGGCCUCUGCUGUCUGGGCUGCACUUUCAGAAGGAAGGGGUUUUUAUGCCGUCCUACUCAGGAUGAGUGUGACCUCCCAGAAUAUUGUGACGGUAGCUCUGCAGAAUGCCCUGCAGAUAGCUACAAACAAGAUGGCACGUUGUGUGAUAGAAUUCACUAUUGCUCUGGGGGUCAGUGUAAGAACCCUGAUAACCAAUGUGCGAAUAUAUAUGGGUACCCUGCAAGAUCUGCCCCGGAAGACUGUUAUAUUUCAAUAAAUACCAGAGGAGACCGGUUUGGAAACUGUGGCCAUCCCACUGAGGAUCAGCAAACAUAUGUUACAUGUUCAGAUGAUAGUGUAUUUUGUGGGAAACUCAUAUGUACAGGUGUUCAAUCCUUACCACGAGUCAAAGUUCAACAUACAGUGAUCCAGAUCCCUCAUGACAAUGACUGGUGCUGGAGCAUGGAUGCCCAUAACAUUACUGAUAUCCCUGAUGAUGGAGAUGUGCGUGUCGGCACUUCUUGUGCCCCAAACAAAGUCUGCAUGGGUCACUCCUGUGUUCAUCACUCCGUACUCCUGUAUGACUGCAGACCAGAGGAAUCGUGUCAUGGGAAAGGAGUUUGCAACAAUUUAAGGCACUGCCAUUGUGAGUCUGGUUUUGCCCCUCCUGACUGUAAAAAUCCAGGAAAUGGAGGCAGUGUGGAUAGUGGCCCUGCUGGUAGGCCAAGUGAUGAAAUUAUAAGUACAGAAGAAAAUAGAAAUCAUAGUGUUGGUCAUGGUAAUCCCCAAAGAGGUGAUGUGAGUAAUGAUAAAAACAAAAGCCUAGGGAAGUUAGUGUACAUAGUCCCCCUGUUGCUUUUAGCAUUAUUUGCAGGUCUAAUUAUUCUUGCCAGUAUGGGAGCUAGAAAGGAGAUAUUACAGAGGUCACAAGAUUACACAGAAGGAACUCCAGAAGAGGUUGCACCAGAACAGAAACUAGGCAAAGGACAGGAAGAAGAGGCAAAAAAUGAGUCAUCCAAUAAAGCUAACAGCGGAUACACUGGGUGAGGAGGAGGCUCAGUACUCCAGAGAUGAAGUAGGCAUUUAUGCUGCUGUGCUUCUGAUCAAAAGUCUGUAAUCUGUAAAAUGUACUAAUGUGGAAGGAGGGAUUUUUUUCUACUUUCAUUUUAGUAAUUGGGUACAUUUAGUAAUCGAGUACCUAUAAUUUAAAAUUAUAUGUAAGAGAAACUACUGUUUUUACAUGAUCACAUUUAAUGAAACCAUUUUAAUUAAAUUUUUGUUAUGAAGCAUUCCUAUCAAUGUCUUGUCUUAUUAGGACCAAUUUUUGAGUUGCCUGUUUUUAGGUAAUGCCAUCUCCCAUCUACUUUGUUUAACAUGCAAUACUAUCUGCAUAUGUACAUAUUGCUUUUCUAGAAUUUUAUAUCCCAAUCAUAACUACACAUUACAUUACAAAAGUUGUUUAUGUGAUGUGUUGUUUUAAUUUGCCCUGUGAAGUUUAUUCAUAAAAUGAGAUUUUAACAUAAAGCUACAGAAAUGCCUGUUUGUGGAUAAUGUGUAAGUUAGGCUUUUUGUGACCUAAUAACUGGGACUCCUAAUGUUUGGGGCUCUCUAGAAAAGGCUAGACCUGAUCCAGGCACUUCUCGAACUCUCAGUCCAGGUACCUAAAGAAUGGGAAGGCAACCUAGGCAAGAUGCCCCUUGCUAAGGUGCUAACUUCUUGUUUGAAGUAUUUGUUUCUUCAUUUUUUUGUCUUAAUAAUUCUACUGAAGUUCAUACUUUGUUUAUUGGCAAUUGAUAGGAACAUCUCAAAUUACAAGUAACAGAACUUUCAAUGUGGUAGUCAUUUCUCUGUGAAGUAAGGACAUAGUAAGAUAACAGUAACAUUCUCCAUUCUGUGUCAGGCCCUGUGCUAAACACCUUACAUUUACUGUCUUCAUUGAAUCCUCCCAACUGCCCUGUGAAGUCCCCAACUUGUACAUGAGGAAACAGAGACUGAAGAGUUUGCUCUAGUGCUAGCCACUAAGUGGUGGGACCUGCAUCCCUCCCCAGGAAUGAGUGAAUCUACUGCCUCAUGAGCC